CCCGCGCCGCCCCGCCCCGUCCCGUCCCGUCCCGCCCCCAGCGCCCCUCCGCCGCCGGACGCGCCACUCGGCCGGCUGCAGCCGCCUCGCUGGCCCUCCGCCCGCCCAGCCCCGCCCGGACCAUGUCUUCCGAGGUGGCGCGGCACCUGCUCUUUCAGUCUCACAUGGCAACAAAAACAGCUCAUAUGUCCCCACAAGUAUUUGACAAUGACGAGAAACAAAAAAAAGAAAAUACUCGUUCUUUAGCCAUGUCUGGCCAUGUUGGUUUUGAGAGUCUGCCUGAUCAGCUGGUCAACAGAUCGAUUCAGCAAGGCUUCUGCUUUAAUAUUCUCUGCGUGGGGGAGACUGGAAUUGGAAAAUCAACGCUGAUUGACACAUUAUUUAAUACGAAUUUUGAAGACCAUGAAUCCUCACAUUUUUACCCACAUGUUAGACUUAAAGCACAGACAUACGAACUCCAGGAAAGUAACGUUCGAUUGAAAUUGACCAUCGUGAAUACAGUGGGAUUUGGUGACCAAAUAAACAAAGAAGAGAGCUACCAACCAAUUGUUGACUAUAUCGACGCUCAGUUUGAGGCCUAUCUCCAAGAAGAGCUGAAAAUCAAACGCUCCCUCUUUAACUACCACGACUCUCGCAUCCACGUGUGCCUCUACUUCAUCUCCCCGACAGGCCACUCUCUGAAGACACUGGAUCUCUUGACCAUGAAGAGCCUGGACAGCAAGGUGAACAUUAUACCAGUGAUUGCCAAAGCAGAUGCAAUUUCUAAAACUGAAUUACAGAAGUUUAAGAUCAAGAUCAUGAGUGAAUUGGUCAGCAAUGGUGUUCAGAUAUACCAGUUCCCAACAGAUGAUGAAACUAUUGCUAAAAUCAAUGCUUCAAUGAAUGGACACUUGCCGUUUGCUGUGGUAGGAAGUAUGGAUGAGGUGAAAGUUGGAAAUAAGAUGGUCAAAGCUCGCCAGUACCCUUGGGGCAUCGUACAAGUGGAAAAUGAAAACCACUGCGACUUUGUCAAGCUCCGGGAGAUGCUCAUUUGUACGAACAUGGAGGACCUGCGAGACGAGACACACACGAGGCACUACGAGCUGUACCGGCGCCGCAAACUGGAGGAGAUGGGCCUCACCGACAUGGGCCCAGAGAACAAGCCGCUCAGUCUCCAGGAGACCUACGAAGCCAAAAGACACGAAUUUUAUGGUGAACGUCAGAGGAAGGAGGAAGAAAUGAAGCAGUUGUUUGUGCAGCGUGUGAAGGAGAAAGAAGCCGUAUUGAAAGAAGCUGAGAGAGAGCUCCAGGCCAAGUUUGAACACCUUAAGAGAGUCCACCAAGAGGAGAAGCUGAGGCUUGAGGAGAAGAGGAGACUUCUGGAAGAAGAAAUAAUCGCUUUCUCUAAGAAGAAAGCUACCUCCGAGAUAUACCAGAACCAGCCCUUUAUGACCCCGGGUGGUAACGUGAGGAAGGACAAGGACCGCAAGAACUCCAGUUUUAUGUAAAACAAAGGUUCCAGAUCACAGAAGAUCAUCACAAGCAAAGUUAUUAAACUGUUAGAAGUAUGCUUUGAUUUUCUUGCUGUUUUUACUUGCUGUAUCACUUAUUCUGUAUCUGGCAAAUGGCCACAGUUAAAGUAUGAGGUCAGUACAUAAGCCAGAUUGGAUGAUGUUACUCAUUCACUGUUAGACAUUCAAGUUGGUGGUUUGUGAUGAACUGAGAUCAUUCCUCCUGCUGCCCAGAGCUUGCUAUCACUUUGCUGUGACAAGAGUGUCGGUGCCUUUGAAAGUACAGGACUCGUUUAUAUUGUGGCUCUGAUUGCAUACAUAUUCCAAGAUGAACGUUUUGUGUACAUACUAAAGGUAAACUUUUGGGAAUAUGUUUUAAAAUGUAUUAUGUACCUGAAACUCCAAGCUCAAUAGUUUUAUAGAACUUUAAAAUUUUUCAUACAAUUAUCCAACUGGUAACAUGAUCCUAAGCUUUUGCAUCAGAUUACAUAAUAUGUGCUUCAGUGUUGUGGUCCAUGGGUUGUUGUGAUGAAACAAUAUGUUUAAAGCAGAAACACUCAGGUAAAUAAGCCCUUUUCUGGUGAUAAGUACCUUUGGAACUGGGUGUCUUCACACUGUUUGCAUGAGUCUGUAUUACAUACUUGUUUCAAACUGUCUUCCAGGGAAAAUAAAUAAUAAAGUUGGAUCAUCUUAUUAAAAAUAUUUCUUUAAAAAGUUACUAGGAACAUCUGAAUAUUAAAGAUAAAAAUUUAGAUAAUUUGUAUUGUAAAGGAUAUUUGAAUUCAGUGCCUCAGUAUUUGCAGAACGAUUUAAUGGCCUCUAACUUUUUCUUAACAGUCAUAAGUUUUCAUUUUUUGUACUUGAAUAUUCUAAAUGAAACUGAUAUUUACACUUGACAAAAUGUAUCUACAUAUUCACUAAACUACGUUUAAAAUUACUGUAACUCUUCUUUUUGCAAACUGUGAUCUUAAACAUCUUAUCAGAACUAUGAGAAUUUAAUUAUAUGUUUGAAUUAUUUUAAGACAGAGGUAUAUUACCAGUAUUUUUCAGAUAACAGAAUGUUUUACUUGGCCCAUGUCAGAUUCUGAGCAGUGUAUUUUUUUCAUGAAUUUGCGUAAGUUGCAAAUAAAACCUUUCAUUUUGUAGCACAGCUUAUCUGGACCAACACUUUAAAUUCCAUUUUUGCAUUUCUGCAGUUUAGUAAAAUAAGUUACAAGCAUCACAGAAAAAGCUCUGCGCUUUCUUCUCAGGAUCAGUAAUGCCCAGCCUCUGGAAGGUGGGAGCAGGAGAGUCGGUGAGCCCCUGAGGGCAGGCAGCCUGGCCUCCCAAGCCCGGCCAGUGCCGCAGCGCUGAGCCUUAGCCCAGAAGCGACGCGGCGAGCUCAGUGAUGUGCUGCGAGUGGUGGUUGUUGGUAGCCUAUUACAUCAAACUGUGUAUAAACAGCUAUCCUGAACUUUAAUAAAGUUACUUUUCAAUGCCA